AUGGUUCGCUCAAACCACAGCCGGCCCAUCCCAAUUCAGAUCUGGGAGAAACACAAAUUCACCAUCUAUGAGCUCUAUGCAAGAUUGCCCUUGGAUGAAGUCAUGGCUGAGAUGCGACAGAAACACGACUUCGUCGCAACCGCGCAGCAGUACAAGCGACAGCUGGGGAAAUGGGGCCUCCGCAAAAACGUCUUGAUGGAAUUAGAGGUUAUUGAUGACGAAUCCAUCGCGCGUGGAGGCAAGAUCUCCCAACGCCAGAUCAGUCUUGAGAGGAGAAAACAGCUGAAGAAGCAGAAGCCGCCGAAACCCAAGCCAGCCACGCCGCGCACCACGCGGGCACGGUCGACUCUAAAGCGGAGGGCGAUGUGA